AUGCUGCCCCCUAAGGACCCAAUAACGACUCAGGGCACUCCUCCCAAGCCCAGAGGUACCAGUAAAAAGAACAGAGGACGGAGCACAGGCAAUGAUCAGAAGAGCAAAAAAUGCCACAAGGAUUCACACGCUCCCCUUAAAGCAAGUCAGAGGUCUGGAGGCGUUGAGACCGUAGCUCAUGUGAGAGACCCCAGCGUCCAGGCCAGAGAGAGCCUGAGGUGGGAGGGAGUACUGCAGGAUCCCCUGGAGGAGGCCAAGAGGCUGGAGCAGUACAGAGCCAACAGGAGGCAGCGUUACAUCGCACACAGAGAGGCUCUGUCAACAGAAACCAGGCAAACCAUGAGAUAA